GUGGAGUUGUGUAAAAGUUUGACAGCAUAAAAAAACAUUGACAGCAUAACCUAAAAUCAAUUAUGUUUAUUUUGAUUUGAUUAUUAAAUAUACAGAAUAAAUAUUUUCUGUUGAAAUGAGUGAAAGUGUGAAACAAACGUGGUUAGAUUUCAUAGAUGCAUUCAGGAAAGCGAGGUUGUUAUGGGAUCCCCAGGACCAGCACCGAACGUGCAAGGUUUUACGCGCCGAAGCUUAUGAAAAGCUACUUGCAAAGUAUAAAAAAAUUGAUGAAAAUGCGGAUCUGGUGGAUAUGAAGAAUAGACUUGCAAAUAUGAGGACUACUUUUAACAGAGAAAGAAAAAAGGUCAUUGAAAGCAUACGAAACAGGGAUGCCAUAGUUCACAAACCUACAUUAUGGUAUUUUGACAUUUUUAAUAGUUUCCUUGAUCCAGUUGAUACGUUACACAUUUAUGAAUACACCAUGUCAAGGCUGUCGAAGAACAAGAGAGAACAUUUUAGAACAGAGAUACACGAUGAAUCUACAAAGGGAACGGAUGAUGAGGAAGACUCGGAAACACCGCCGACACAAAAAAAGCGGCGAAUAUACAAUCUUCUUCAAAAGCAGGAAAGAUUCGUAAAUGCAGCCCGCCAGAUGCUGCUCCAGAAGGAAACAGAAUGGGAAAUCAAUGGCAAAGCUAUCGGGUUACAACUCUACCAGCUCGACAUGACACAGCGCACCAUAGCGCAGAAGCUGAUAUCCAACACCUUGUUCUUUGGGAGUUUGGGAAAAUUAACAGAAGAAUCAUCUAUUAGUUUGAAUAAUAGACAAGCCUCACCGGACUCACCGGAGGCGCAUGAGGAGAUUGACUAUUUGAAAGAGGAACUGGAGGACAAUGAUGAUAUUAUUAAUGAUGAUGAGUAAAUGGGGUUACUGAUGCAUUACCGAUUUUUUUUUGCCAAAUUUUCAUAUCCCAAACUAUCUUUCCCAAAAAUUUAAAACCCAACUAAUCAUUUCCCAACUUUACAUAAUCCAACCUAACCUAACCCAACCUAGUACGUCAUUUUCAUUUCCCAACUAUGGGGUUGGGAAAUGAAAUGGUUGCGAAAUAAUUAUUUGGUAAAAGUUAUUCGGUCAAAUGAAACUUAUGCGAAAAGUUGGUUGGCAAGUGAAAUUCGGCAAUACAAUUUUCGGCGAAAAGGCAGGAUCCAGAGUAUGCCUUAUUUUUGUCUGUAUAUUGAAAUAAAACAAUCAUAUGUCGACGACAGUGAGAAUGGGACUAGCGAUCGUCAUUAUUUUCGGGAGGAAAGGUUACGAGUAGAUGUAGAUCCCUUGUAGAAAAGAGUUUAAAUUAAUUAUGAUAGCUUAAUUUGCACUGUCUAUUCUAUCUAUAGUCAGUGCAAAUUAAGCUUAAUAUAGAAACCACACGUUGGAAGGGACCAAUGAGGGCUAACGCGUAUGAAUUCGCCGCUAGGGGCGCUAGUGUAGAUGGUGGUCUUUUCCAUAGUUCGAAAUGUCACUUGUCACUUCAAUGACUGACAGCUGUUCUUUAGUCUUUUGGAUCACCAUCAACAGAGGCGCCAACUGGUGAGCAAAAAAACGAUAGCCCUCAUUGGAAAAAGGAAUGCUGGUCGACUAAUAACACGGUGGGCUAAUGAUAUCACACAAGUGACAGGAGCCGACUGGAUUAAGUUAAGCAAGGACAGGGAGGCAUGGAAGAGGAUGGAGGAGGCCUUUACCCAGAAGGGGUCCAUAUUUCAUUAAGCAUAAGACUAAACUAACAUACUAACUUACAUAUUUUCUUUUCUUUUUUACUACAACUUACUAACAAAAAAUUGUAAAAUUCACUAUAUAUGAAAUAUGGAAUAAAUGGCUUUAUUAUUA